ACAACCAGCUGUAGUGGUUCGAUGGGAAGGAUCUUUCUCUGAGUGUUUCCUCUUGAGGGGAGCAUUUCUGCUGGCUCCAGGACUUUGGCCAUCUAUAAAGCUUGGCAGUGAGAAAUAAGAAAAUUCUCAAGGAGGACGAGCUCUUGAGUAAGACCCAACAAGCAGCUUUUCACCAAAUUGCAAUGGAGCCUUUCGAAAUCAAUGAUCCAAAGCCCAAGAGGAGAAAUGGGGUGAACUUUUCCCUGGCUGUGGUGGUCAUCUACCUGAUCCUGCUUACCGCUGGCGCUGGGCUGCUGGUGGUCCAAGUUCUGAAUCUGCAGGCGCGGCUCCAGGUCUUGGAGAUGUAUUUCCUCAAUGACACUCUGGCGGCUGAGGACAGCCUGUCCUCCUUGCUGCAGUCAACACACCCUGGAGAACACCUGGCUCAGGGUGCAUCGAGGCUGCAAGUCCUGCAGGCCCAACUCGCCUGGGUCCGUGUCAGCCACGAGCACUUGCUGCAGCGGGUAGACAACUUCACUCAGAACCCAGGGAUGUUUGGAAUCAAAGGUGAAAAAGGCGCCCCAGGUCUUCAAGGUCACAAGGGGGCCAUGGGCAUGCCUGGUGCCCCUGGCCCACCAGGGCCACCUGCUGAGAAGGGAGCCAAGGGGGCUGCGGGACGAGAUGGAGCAAUAGGUCCUCUGGGACCCCAAGGCCCACCGGGAGUCAAGGGAGAGGCAGGCCUCCAAGGACCCCAGGGUGCUCCAGGGAAGCAAGGAGCCACUGGCACCCCAGGACCCCAAGGAGAGAAAGGCAGCAAAGGCGAUGGGGGUCUCAUUGGCCCAAAAGGAGAAACUGGAGCUAAGGGAGACAAAGGAGACCUGGGCCUCCCAGGAAGCAAAGGGGACAGGGGCAUGAAAGGAGAUGCAGGGGUCAUGGGGCCUCCUGGAGCCCAGGGGAGUAAAGGUGACUCCGGGAGUCCAGGCCCACCAGGUUUGGCUGGUUUUCCUGGAGCUAAAGGAGAUCAAGGACAACCUGGACUGCAGGGUGUUCCAGGCCCUCCUGGUGCAGUAGGACACCCAGGUGCCAAGGGUGAGCCUGGCAGUGCUGGCUCCCCUGGGCCAGCAGGACUUCCAGGGAGCCCCGGGAGUCCAGGAGCUGCAGGCCUGAAAGGAAGCAAAGGGGACACAGGACUUCAAGGACAGCAAGGAAGAAAAGGAGAAUCAGGAGUUCCAGGCCCUGCAGGUGUGAAGGGAGAACAGGGGAGCCCAGGGCUGGCAGGUCCCAAGGGAGCCCCUGGACCAGUUGGCCGGAAGGGAGACCAGGGAGUGAAAGGAUCUUCUGGGGAGCAAGGAGUAAAGGGAGAAAAAGGUGAAAGAGGUGAAAACUCAGUGCCCGUCAGGAUUGUCGGCAGUAGUAACCGAGGCCGGGCUGAAGUUUACUACAGUGGUACCUGGGGGACCAUUUGUGAUGAUGAAUGGCAAGAUUCUGAUGCCACUGUCUUCUGCCGCAUGCUCGGUUACUCCAGAGGAAGGGCCCUGAACAACGUGGGAGCUGGCACUGGGCAGAUCUGGCUGGAUGAUGUUGAGUGUCGGGGCACGGAGAGUACCCUGUGGAGCUGCAGCAAGAAUAGCUGGGGCUAUCACAACUGCAACCACGAGGAGGAUGCAGGUGUGGAGUGCAGCAACUGACCGGGAAACCCUUUCACUGCUCUGCUCCCGAGGUGUCCUCGGGCUCAUACGUGGGAAGGCAGAGGAUCUCUGAGGAGUUCCCUGGGGAUAACUGAGCAGCCUCUAAAGAGGGGCCAUUAAUAAAGCUCAACAUCACUGGC